GUAACGUUGAUGAGAAGUAACGCAAUCACUCCAUGGCACGCUCAAUCUCCGACGACCAAACUGAAAUGUCAACGACCACCCCACUCCUCAGCCACAACCGGUGGCUCCCCUCCACCGUCAAACUGAAAACGAGUAUUGCAUCGGAAAUCUCCGGCGCCGUCGGCGACCUGGGAACCUACAUCCCCAUCGUGUUGGCCCUCUCUCUGGUCAACAACUUGGACCUCACCACCACGCUCGUGUUCACUGCUCUCUACAACAUCGCCACCGGUUUGCUCUUCGGCCUCCCCAUGCCGGUCCAACCCAUGAAAUCCAUCGCCGCCGUCGCCAUCUCCGAGACGCCUCCUCUAACCAUCCCUCAAAUCUCCGCCGCCGGACUCUCCGUCGCCGCCGUGCUCCUUCUCCUCGGCUCCACCGGCCUCAUGUCCUUCCUCUACCGCUACCUCCCUCUCCCCGUCGUUCGCGGCGUUCAACUCUCUCAGGGCCUCUCCUUCGCCUUCUCCGCCAUCAAGUACAUUCGCUUCGACCAGGACCUCGCCACCUCCAAAUCGGGUCCUCCGCGUCCCUGGCUCGGCCUCGACGGCCUCAUCGUCGCCCUCGCCGCAGUCCUCUUCCUCGUCAUCACAACCGGCGCCGGCGACGAACCGGAACCACAACCACCACAAGAACAAAGGGAAGAAGUCGCGGAUCGACGGGAGAGAGUUCGCCGGCGGUUAAGGAUUUUAUCGACAAUUCCGGCGGCGCUGAUAGUGUUUUUGUUUGGGUUAUUGUUGUGUUUUCUUCGUGACCCUUCGAUAAUCGGAGAUUUGAAGUUUGGUCCUUCGAGGAUUUCGGUGGUUAAAAUUAGUUGGGAAGAUUUAAAAAUUGGGUUUUUUCGUGCGGCGAUUCCACAGAUUCCGUUAUCAGUUUUGAAUUCCGUUAUUGCAGUUUGUAAGUUGUCGGGGGAUUUGUUUCCCGAAAGAGAGGCUUCGGCGAUGCAUGUUUCGGUGAGUGUGGGGAUUAUGAACUUUGUUGGGUGUUGGUUCGGUGCCAUGCCUUGUUGCCACGGAGCUGGUGGAUUGGCGGGUCAGUAUAGGUUCGGAGGUAGGAGUGGUGCUUCGGUUGUGUUUCUUGGAGUUGCUAAGUUGGUGCUUGCUUUGGUGUUUGGGAAUUCUUUUGGGAGAAUAUUGGGUGAGUUUCCUAUUGGGAUUCUUGGGGUCCUUCUUUUGUUUGCAGGGAUUGAAUUGGCUAUGGCUUCUAAGGACAUGAACACUAAACAGGACUCUUUUGUCAUGUUUGUUUGUGCUGCUGUUUCACUCACUGGCUCCAGUGCUGCCCUUGGCUUCUUUGUUGGGAUUGUGCUUUACUUUUUGCUUAAAUUCAGGGAACUUGAUUGUGGUGGUUUUGGGUUUUUCACAUCCAAAAAGGCCAAGUCUUGUGACGAUGAAGAAACUAGCUUAGUUGCCUAGUAGUAGACUAUUUGAUUCACUAUUUGGUGGAUGGGUUGUCUAGUUAGUUAGAAAUGAUCACCAAAUUGUGAUCAUGUGUGAGGGAGCUUCCUCCUUUCAUAGUUAGUACUUGCAAGCAAGCAAUAGCAAUGCAACUCUCAUCCACCUUCCACCUUGCAAGAAAUCUUCCUGCAUUUUGUGUUGGUGUAAUGUUUCGGAUAGGGUGUACAACAUAUGUGUAUUUAUAGAAAUACUUCAUCCAUUUGAAUAAAGGACUUUUGCCAAAUGUCAUGUUAUACAUGAAGAUACUUGGGAACUUUUUUAGGACAUAAUUUCUAGCAUAUUGAGUUAACUUUUAAUUUAAACAAAUUGUAAUGUAUUUCUUCUAAAUAAAUUAUAAUUUUUAACUAUU